AUGGCCAAAAGAACAAAGGAAGAGUUGGACAGUCAAGAUUCAGAUAUUGAUGUUUCGUCUAGUGAAGAUGAAGAGCUUCAAGAAGAAGGCAUUGAUGAGGGUGAUGAGAUGGUCAAUAUUGAUUUUGAUUUCUUCAACCUCAAUCCAGACAUUGACUUCCAUGCAACCAAGAACUUUCUCAGACAGCUUUUCCAAGACGAUUCUAUUCUCUUCCCAUUGUCCGAGCUGGCAGACCUGAUACUCGAGGAGGGACACAUUGGUACGACUAUUAAAACCGAUGGUAUAGAAGGCGAUCCAUUUUCCAUUCUUAGUGUGAUAAACAUUUCCAAUAAUUUGAAAACCAAGGCGAUCCAAGAAAUUACAAAGUACUAUAUCGAAAAGACAAAGAAAUCCACAGAGUUCAACAUUCUCCUAAGGCAGCUCUUUUCCCCUUCUUCGAAGCAUAAGAUUGGCUUGAUUUUCUCCGAAAGAUUGAUUAAUAUGCCUGUCGAAACCAUGCCGCCAAUGUACACAAUCCUCCUCGAAGAAAUGGAGGAAUCUCGAAAGAAGGAUUCAGAGUACGAGUUUGACUACUAUUUGAUUCCCUCAAGGGUGGUCAAACUUGUCUCUUCGGUUGCAGACAAGGAACUUGAAGACGAAGAUGAAACCACAUCUCGUAAGAAGGUCAAGAAGAGCAGCGGCUUGCCCUCUGAAUUCGACUAUAUCCACUACGAGGAUGAAAUACUAGAGAAAAAUGCUCUACACUACGGCUACUUUGACUUCACACACAAAAAUGUCGAGCCAGAUGCAAGAAGGGUCUUCAACGAUUAUGGUAUCGAGCCCAAGAUCAACCUCAUUCUAAUCAAUAAAAACGCGUUGCAGACUGCGGUUACCCAGAUGAAGGAGGCAUACCCUUACGAAGGCUGA